AUGCCGCCAAAACGAAAGCCAAAAGCAGCAAAGGCCGUGUCUGCUACCCCUCGCAAAGCCUCAGCCGCUAGCGCAUUGUCUAAUAAGCGAAGUGGUCUUCAGGGUUCGAAGACAUCUCGCCUUGCUCCUUCAGUACCGUUCCAAAUGACAACGCGCCGCGGUGCAAAAGGCACGUCUAACCACACGAGCUCCGCUGGGCCAUCUAGCGCAAGCUCUGGCAGUCGUCGCAGUUCUCUUAAUGAAAUUGCGCAAAACGAAGAUGCCACUUCUGACCAUGGGGAUGCGCGACCAGCCAAGCGCAGCCGAACAUCGUCCGAUUCUGGUUCGCCGCAAAGGUCCAAUGGCUCUUUGGACAACAACACCCCCAUGAAUGGCACGCAAACUCCGGAGCUGCAAAACGCCGUAUCUGGUGCGACUUCAAAAACGGCUGGCAAGAGGAGGCGCGCAUCAGACGACUCCACCCAGUCCAGCAAAACACGCCCGAACAGUGUUCUAACCCGUACACAAAGCGAUGUCUCGGAACAACAACCGCGCAAAAAGCGCAAAACAAAAGAAACCCCAGCAGACACGUCGGCCGACCAACCUCCUGAAUUGACUGAUGCUAGUACUGCCCCGAAUUCCCCAGAGCAGAUGCCAGAUGUUGACGGCAGUCAAAGCCUUCAGAACGUCCUACCGACCAAUGGCGAGGCCCCUGCAAAGUCCGGCAGACGCUUGCCCGGUCGGCGGCGCCAACCGCAUCCGGACAUCAAUGUGGAGACCGACUUACGUCGGCAGCUCAAUCUCAAGAUGAGCUACCGCAGCCUUGCAAAAGUCCAAAAGGUUUUACUAGAAGAAUUGGCAACCCGUACUACCAGGAACCUGGAAGAUGACCCUAAUUAUCACAAAGAAUGUCCAGAAUACCAGGCCGUCAUGGCCCAGCUGGACCAGCGACGCGACGCUCGCCUGGACCAAGUCAAUUCUUUGCGCACAUGUCGACUCGAGGAACUCGAGCGCGUGCGCGUUGCUGAAGAGCACAUUCAGAAAGAGCAGUAUAUCAAUCGGUUCCGGGAACUACAGGAUGACUUUAUGCUGCAAAUAUACUUUCGCGCGAAGAAGCUCGAGCGGGAGAUGAAGGGCCAUGACGCCGACGCCACGGAUGAUGAAGAUAAUGUCCUCCCACCCACAUACAGCGAUGAGCCCCACCAUAACAAUGACGACCGCAUUGGCUCCAAGUUCGCCUCUCGUAGCAGGGCCUAUGUAGAGGCCGACAGGGAACUCGAGGAUGAAACCGUACGAAGGAAGUUUACCAUGGCACGAGUGGCUUUUGUUGAGAAAGACGAAGAUGCCGACGACUCUAUAGAAGAUGUUGCAGGCGGCUUUGCAAAGUUUGACGGCCCAGACCGCACGGAAGCUCUCGCACGUUACAACAUCAACAGCCUUGCUGAUGCCGCCAUCGAAGUCGAGAGGACGCCUUCGCCCCUACCACAACCACAGAAGCCCGAAGUCAUCCCGAACGAGCAUGCUGCCCUGCUCAUGAUGUUGGCAGACGUAUCGGCACAUCAGCCUCGAAGUUCUACUGUGCAGAAGCCUCAAUAUCAUUAUCCAAACCCACAACAAUCACAGCAACAUCCGCCACCGCGAGCUACUACGCCAAUCAUCAAGCAAGAACACGUAAAGGAGAAGACGCUUGAGUACGCCCUGCUAGCACCACUAGGCAUGUCGUCUCAAGCUGCUCAUAGCAGCCCAAUCAAGAGCGCCCAACCAGCAGUAGACCUGACUCAAGAGGCUCCUCGUUCCGAGUCCAAUGGUGUAACCACAGCAAAAGAAGCAGAAGCUCCGGCAAAGUCAACACCAAGGUUCUCGACGCACAGGAUUAUGGAUAUCCUCAAUGAUGACCAAGAAGUCCCAGUGUCGAGAACUCGUGAACCGCCAGCCCAAGCCCAAGAGCUACAGAGGACAGCGUCAAUGGGAGAAACUGCUAGUCAUCAUCAGACACCCUCGCGUAACGAUGCUCUGCGAGUGGACGCUAUGGUCAACAGAGAAGAACCGCCCGUUGAUCAGGCGCUGAUGGACAUACUAAGUGGGCCGCCACCACCACCGAGCAACCCGCCAUCAUCGCCACCUCAGAGUGCUCAACCUUGGCCGCCCCGAUCGAGUGUGCCACCACAGUCACGGGAGCCUGAUGAGUCACUUCGCCGAAGGGAUCCCCUGCAGAAGAUCAGGGAACUUCUCGAUAGGAAAGCUCUGGAUCGGAAGGCGCGCGAGAACGGGCAAGAACAACCGGAACGACCUCAAUACUGGCCACCACCCGUCUUUUCCACCAGCAGACCGAAUCCCCAACCUUCCAGCACACAGGAACGAACCGAAGUCGCGGCAUAUGAUCCAACACGACCGGCCACCGGACUGUAUGAUGGCUUACCUGGCACUUCACACUCAUAUUCUCGUCGCCAGUCCUACGAUCAUCCACCUCAUUGGGAACAUGACAGGCGAGGAAGUGUGUCUCAAGCACAACAGCAAGCAGCGUCUCCAUACCAAAGUCAUGCUCCUCAACCUCACUAUGGCGAGCAUCACAAGUCGGGUAGGACUCCACCAACACAUCAGAGCCCAUAUGCACCGCCUUCUGGAUCAUUACCACUGCCGCCCAAACCACCUGGGCCACUGCCAUCCGCACCUAUCAAUUUCCGUUUUGCACACUACGACCCCGUCCCACCUAGACAGACGUACCCACCGCAGUCACCAAGCUACCCAUCAAUGCUCCCCCCUACCAAGGCGGCUAUGUCCCACCCCCAGGCUCCUUUCAAGCACCGCCUCCCCCGCUAUCGAGUCUGCCACCCUACCCAACCGCUCAAAAUCCAUCAAUACGGCGGCCAGCCCAUUCUUCCCGCUAAUAUGGCACCCCCACCGCAGCAAGGUGGCCCACCACCUCUCCCCUACCUUACCCAGGCUGCACCCCCACAACCACAGCAAGGCUCACAACAAGCAGCCUACUCACCAACACACCCUCACCCUCCUCCACACACGCAAUACGACCAGCGCGAUGCCCAAGCCCAAAACAACGGCGACCGUUCUUCAGACCCGCAGUCCCGGCCUCGAAGACCUUAUCGAAGUUAUCACGCGCCCGGCACGCAAUUCCGCAGCUACCAAGGUCCCGGAGAGCAGAGGAGGAGAGGCGGGUAG